AUGCCUUUCACCGAGCUUAUUUUCCCUUCCUUGAUCCCGACCAAAGAGGUCAUUGAAGAAGUCGAACGAGACUGGCCAAUUAUCAGCAAAUCGCUGAUAGAGCCGAACCCAGGUCUCCUCAGUGCGUUCCGAGGAUGGGUACUCAGCGAAGAUGGCAAAGAUGUGCGCGAUCAGUAUAGGGAAAUCGUUAUAUUCGAAUGGGUAGAGGAGGCUGCAUUCCAUGCCUUUCUUACUUCCGAUCAAUUUGCUUCUUUUGGCAAGUCGAUUCGACACCUGGUAAAUGGACCGACCAAGAUGCAGCUCUUCGAGACAAACAGCAGCCCCAAAGAGUCCUCUGUUGCUCCCGUUGUGGAGAUUUUCCGACUCGAGCUCACUGGUUCUGAGAGUGUUCAAGUAGCACAGAAGGCUUGGGAGAACCUAUCACAGACUCUUUCUAUCACGGGGAAAUCGGUUCCCGUGACGUGGGGCAAUAGCUUGAACCUUGAUGGAGAUGUGGUGGUUGGAAUUUUGGGAUGGGCGAGUACUGAGGAUCAUGAGCAUGGAACCGAUGAGGUGGCUUUCGUGGAGGCGUUGAGGUCUCUGCGCUCGCUUGGGGAAUUGUCGCAAAUCCUUGUUGACAUUGAUCCCGUGGAAGUCUCGAGCCUGUAA